AUGAGUAAUUUCACAACUAUGAGUGGAUUUCUUCUCAUGAGUUUUUCUGGCAAUGUUGUGGUAGAAAUGUCUCAUGCUUCUCUGUUUUUAGUCUUGUACUUACUAGCUUUAACUGGAAAUAUUCUCAUUAUCACAGCAGCUUCCAUAGAUCACAAUCUUCACUCACCCAUGUAUUUCUUCCUGAAGCACCUCUCCUUUUUGGAUCUGUGUUAUAUUACUGUGACUGUACCAAGGUCCAUUCGUGAUUCUUUUAUGCACAGUGGCAACAUUUCCCUAUGGGAGUGCAUGUUGCAGUAUUUUGCAUUCACUGCUUGUUGUUCUGCUGAGGUAGCCAUGCUCACAGUCAUGUCCUAUGACCGCUAUGUGGCCAUCUGCUUUCCACUGCGCUAUGAAAUCAUCAUGGAUGUCACCACCUGUGUUUAUGGAGUCUUAGGAGUCUGGAUCUUUGGGGUCAUUGCUGGAGUCAUGCACACAGCUGCUACUUUCUCCAUCCACUUCUGUGGUCCCAAUAUAAUUCAUCAGUUCUUCUGUGAUGUCCCUCAGCUCCUAAAACUGUCUUGCUCCAAUGACUACAUCAGUGAGCUUGGAGUCCUUGCUUUCCUGGCUGUGGCAGCAUUUCUUUGUUUCAUCUUCAUUGGCUUCUCUUACACACACAUCUUUUCUACCGUGCUGAAGAUCCCAACUGCUGAAGGUAGAGCCAAAGCCUUUUCCACCUGCCUGCCCCACUUAUGUGUUGUCACAUUAUUUUUCUCUACUGGAGCUUUUGAGUUUCUUAAAGUUCAUUAUGACUCUCCUGGUGGACUAGAUUUUUUGCUUACUGUUCUUUAUACCAUUUUGCCUCCAACACUUAAUCCAAUCAUUUAUAGUCUGAGAAACAAGGCCAUGAAAGCAGCUCUAAGAAAAGUUUUAAAGAAAGUAAAAUCUAUCUGUUUUCAUGGGACACAUCUAUAA